AUGGAAAGAAGAAAUCAGUCUGAAGUGACUAUGUUUAUUCUUGUAGGACUAACAGAUCAGCCAGAGCUUCAGCUGCCCCUCUUCUUUGUGUUCUUGGGCAUCUAUGUGGUCACUGUUGUGGGAAACAUGGGCAUGAUCAUACUGAUUAGACUUAAUUCUCACCUCCAUACCCCCAUGUAUUAUUUCCUCAGCAGUUUGUCUGUUUUAGAUGUCUGUUAUUCCUCUGUCAUUACUCCUCAAAUGCUAGUGGGAUUCUUACUCAAAGAUAAAACUAUAUCCUAUCCUAGGUGCAUAACUCAACUCUUUUUCUUCUGCAUUUUUGUUAUUUCUGAGUGUUACAUGCUGGCAGCCAUGGCUUAUGAUCGCUAUGUUGCCAUCUGUAGUCCCCUACUGUACGGUGUCAUCAUGUCCCCUCAAGUUUGCUCCUUGCUGGUGGUCUCUGUGUUCUCUGUGGGCUUCAUUGAUGCACUGAUACACACAGGUUGUAUAUUGAGGUUGCCAUUCUGUGGGUCCAAUGUAAUCAGUCAUUACUUCUGUGACAUUGUCCCCCUCAUCAAACUCUCUUGUUCCAGCACUGACCUAGAUGAGAUCUUGAUUUUUGUUAUUGGUGGAUUCAACAUGGUAGCAACCAGCUUGACGAUCAUAAUUUCUUACAUUUUUAUCCUCUCCAGUAUCUUGCGCAUCAACUCCAAAGAUGGCAGGUCGAAAGCUUUUAGUACUUGUAGUUCCCAUCUCAUGGCAGUCACUGUGUUUUAUGGGUCCCUCAUGUCCAUGUAUCUCAAACCUGCUUCCAGUAGCAACCUAGCCCAGGAAAAGGUGUCCUCAGUGUUUUACACCACAGUGAUUCCCAUGCUCAACCCCCUGAUCUACAGUCUGAGAAAUAAGGAGGUGAAGAUUGCAUUGAGGAAGCUCACAGAAAGGAAAAUAUUCUCAUAG